CGUUAUUGGGUAGGAUGAGCUGGGCCCAAAAUACUCCUCUCCUUUCCUCACUCUCCCUGUCCGACUUGUUUUAGGGUUUCCGCUGCAGCUAAAUUUUCCCUCAGUUUCGCAAAUAAGCAGAGUCAUGGCAGCAAGAUUCAUAUCAAAGUGUUCUAAAGUGGGCCGAUCAUUGGUUGGUGGUGUCGGAAACAACUCAUCUAACUUAUGGAGCACUCAUCGUGAGACGAUUUGCAGUAAUUUCUUGUUUCAGCAACAAAGAACUUUCAUUCAGAUGAGAACUGUUCUCAAAGUUGUUGAUAACUCGGGAGCAAAAAAGGUUAUGUGCAUACAAGCUUUGAAGGGGAGGAAAGGUGCACGAUUGGGAGACACUAUUGUUGCAUCUGUAAAGGAAGCCCUGCCAAAUGGAAAAGUAAAGAAAGGAAAGGUUGUGUAUGGCGUGGUUGUGCGUGCUGCCAUGCAGAAGGGCCGUGUCGAUGGAAGUGAGGUGAAGUUUGAUGAUAAUGCUGUGGUGCUGGUUGAUAAGCAAGGCCAGCCAAUUGGGACCAGAGUAUUUGGGCCAGUUCCACAUGAGCUUAGGAAGAAAAAGCAUGUCAAAAUCCUUACCUUAGCUCAGCAUAUUGCCUGAGGUAUGGAUCAUGUGUAGCUUUGCUGUAUUGUAGGGUUGCUUUCAGGUUAGAUGCUUUCCAUUGUACUGGGGAAAAAAGGAAUGUUGAAUUUAAUCUUUAGCACCAAAUUCUGUCUCCUUAGAUCGAAAGCUGCCUCAUCCCUCAAUAAGCUUUUCAUUUGUAUUCGAUACUCAUCUCUUGUUGAUGAUAUGUUCCACAAAAUUAUGAACAAAUUAAAGGGCACUUCUCUCUUUCUUUUCUGGAUCAUAAA